CCUACGCCUACUUAAUAGGCGUCUUCUACAUGGAUCAAGAGUCAGUUGACUCGAACAGCCCCCUGGCGGACCAGACUUGGAUACCAUUGACUUUCCUCAUAAGCGCCGCGUUUUUCUGCCACACGGGCAUAAGGAUACUCCCCUGGAUGUUAAUAGGGGAAGUGUACCCCCCGGAAACGCGCUCUAUGGCUUCCGGGAUGACCGGAGCGACGAGUUAUUUUUUCGGUUUUGCCGCCAAUAAACUUUUUCUCAGUAUGGUCGGCAUCAUGACUGUACCGGGUACUUUUUGGUUUUACGGCUGUAUGGCUCUCACUGGCGCCAUUACUUUACAUUUUGCUCUACCGGAAACGGAAGGUAAAACUUUGUAUGAAAUAACCGAGCAUUUUGCCGGGCGCAAAAAAAUGAAUAACAAGAUAUUCAAGGAGCAGAAAGUUCAUAAAAUAGGGGCUGUUAAUGAAGCAUAUCGGCCCGAUAAAUAUGAACAAUUUGAGAGUAGUUUAUAAUUAACAUAAUUUAGGAUAAUUUAUUUUAAUUAACGUCAAACAUAUCCCCCUUGUGAUAUUUUAGAGUUUAUAUACCUACAUUUACUAAAUAUACACUAACAAUACACAUAACCUUGUUUAAUUUCAUCAAAAUACCUUAAAAAUCAGUAUUUCACUAUUUAAAUUCAAAUUUAC